CAGGCGCGGGCGGCCGCCACGGCGCGGGGCGCCGCGGCGGCGGCGGAGGCGGUGGACUUCCGCCAGGGCGUCGGCGCUGCGGCGGCCGCUCGGGUGGGCGGCGGCGUGGAGAUCCUGCUCGUGCCGUGCCUCAGCGACAACUACGCGCCCGUGCUGCACGACCCCGCGACGGGCGCGACGGCCGUGGUGGACACGCCCGAGGUGGGCCCCAUCCUGGCCGCGAUCGAGGAGAGGGGUUGGAAGCUGACGCACAUCCUGAACACGCACCACCACCACGACCACGCCGGGGGCAACGAGGAGCUGAAGCGGAGGACCGGCUGUGUGGUGAUAGGCCCUGCUGGGGAGGCGGAGCGCAUUCCCGCGAUCGACACGCCCGUGGGGCAGGGUGACACGGUGAAGGUCGGCUCGCUGGAGGCCGAGGUCCUCGAGGUCGGCGGCCACACGGCGGGGCACAUCGCCUACCACUUCCCGCGGCAGCGCGCGGCCUUCGUCGGCGACGCCCUCUUCGUGCUGGGCUGCGGCCGGAUGUUCGAGGGCACGCCGGCGCAGUUCUGGGAGUCGCUGCUGAAGCUGCGGGCCCUGCCAGACGACACGGUGGUCUACUGCGCGCACGAGUACACGGAGGCCAACGCCCGCUUCGCCACGCACCUCGGCGGCAUCCCGCGGCUGCCAGAGCGCGUGUCCGCGAUCUCGGAGCUCAGGGCCGCCGGCCAGGCCACGGUGCCUACGCUGCUCGGCCACGAGAAGGAGACGAACCCCUUCCUGAUGGCGGACUCCGACGCGGUGCGGGCCGCCGCUGGCGUGCCGGCGGGCGCCACUCCAGUGGAGGUCUGGGCCGCCGUGCGCCGGCAGAAGGACAGCUUCUGACCCGCGCAGCCCCCCGUCGGGCCGCCUCUGCCCGGGGCGGCCCCGGGCCCGAAGAGAGCGGGCGAGGCACGGCGGUCGCUCGGCGCCACAUCCUUCGGGGGCGGCAAACUCACCAAGCACCCCGCCAGCUUGUCGGCCAGUGGCCCGCGCGCGCCUGACGACGCGUAGAUUUUCGGCCGCGCUCGGGUGAA